CCCCGACCAGAGCGCGUCCUGCAUCCCUGCUCUCCGAGGAAGACAACGACGCCGCAUCCCCGAGUCCCGUCGGAGCAAUGAGUUCGCCACACUUCUGCUACAAUCAAACCUCCGUCAGUUAUAAACGGUUGGUCCGGCUUGCUCUUCGACCGCCACUGGCACGACAUCCACUGUCACUAUGAGCUCGGCCGCACCCACGACCAAGAGCUCGUUCGAGGAAAAGAAGGACGUCUCUUCCUCCCCUGCUCCGCAGGAAGUAGCGAAGGCAGAACAGGAGCUUGCUCAGCAGGUGGCGGAAGCGCUUCCAGAUGGUGGUCUGCAGGCAUGGAUGACCGUCAUCGCCACCUUCCUGGCUAGUUUCAUGGCUUUCGGCACUGGAAACGUCUGGGGUAUCUACCAAGAUGCAUACACGACUCGUCCCGAUUCGCGUUUCGUGGAUGUUAGCCUGUUCAAGAUCAGUUUUGUCGGUGGUACCGCCGUGGGCUUCGGUUUCGCGGUUGGACCAUUUGGUAAUAUCCUUGUCUCUAAAUUUGGAAUCCGUGCGCCCAUCCUCCUCGGUGUACUCAUGAUGGCCGUGGCCCUUGAGCUCGCAUCGAUCGCCACCAAGUAUUGGGAACUUCUACUCUCGCAGGGGAUCAUGUUCGGAAUUGGAAGCUCGUUGGCGUACAUUCCUGCAAUCGGUCUUCCGUCACAGUGGUUCGACAAGCGCCGCGGCCUCGCCACCGGUAUCGCGAGUUCUGGAAGCGGUGUUGGUGCAGUUAUCCUCUCGCCCAUUGUGCAGUCCUCAAUAGACAACCUCGGCAUCCCUUGGGCCCUGCGCAUCGUCGGGUUCCUAUGCUUUGCUUGCGGCAUGGUCUCGCUCGCCCUGCUCCGUCAGCGAGUUGCCUCUCACAAGCAGGUUCAGUACAAAGUCUUCGAUCUCCAGGUACUGAAGGUGCCCAUGUACCCGCUGUACCUGGUCUUCGCCUUCCUUCAGUUCUUCGGCUACGUCACGCCGGUCUUCUUCAUUCCGGGCUACUGCACGGCUCUGGGCAUCUCGAACCCGAAUACCUCUGCAGUCCUGUCCGUCACAGCCGCAGUCAACUCCAUUGGACGUAUCAUCGCGGGUCGUGUCGCGGACCACUGGGGUGUAUUGAACGUCAUGAUCUCGUUCAACUUCCUCUCCGGUAUAAUGGUCCUUGCCGUCUGGCUCCCCGCGAAGAACAUUGGCGAUAUGAUGGGCUUCGGCGUCCUCUGGGGUCUCUUCAGUGGUGCAUACUGGGCCUUGUCGGUGCCAACGUCUGCGAAGAUCGUUGGCAUGGAGCGCCUCGGUUCUGCCGCUGCAAUCCAGUUCCUCAUGAACGUUAUCCCGCCCAUCUUUGCUGCACCCAUCGGUGCAAGGAUCAUCUCUGGGACGUCGAGCAGCGCUGGCGUCUUUCAAGAUAGCCGCGAAGCGUACAAGUAUGUGAUCGUGUUCUGCGCACUCACACCCAUCGUCGCGUCGCUUCUGCUCGUCCCUGUGCGUCUGCACUUUAGCAAGAAGCUGCUCGCGAAAGUAUAAGCAUGGACAUGAUGCCCCAGAGUCCUUGGCCAUUCGAUGACUGGCCUAGGAACAUGCAAGUUCACGUUGGAGGAUGUGGCUGCUAUAUGGCACAAUUGAAUGGCAUACUUACGUAGAAGAUGUCUAUUGGAUUAUGGACCUUGACAUCCUGGCUUCUGGACACCAUUUCAGAUAUCUUCCUUAGCACACUCCGCAGAGUAUGACGGUUCGCCAUACUUUUAGUUUUCUUGAUGUCAUGCAUUCAGCGCGCGAGGAAUGUCUUCGCUAUGCACUUAUUGUGACACAUCAGUAAGCCCAUUCCUUUCCUCAAGUUCAAACUUUCGU